AUGUCAGGCUCACCGAACCUCUACAGUUUCUCCAACAUUGACUCACUCGCAACACAAUUGCGCAAAUAUGUCCUGAACAACCAACAUGCUGCUCUUCGCAAACACGACAUCUUUCGAGUCGCCGUCUCAGGUGGUUCUCUCCCCAACACCCUCGCAAAAGCCUUGCUCGCACCCGGCAAUGGCUCCGCUGAAGAUACAGCCCAAUUCUCUAAGUGGGAGAUUUUCUUUGCAGACGAGCGCGCUGUUCCCCUCGACCACCCAGACAGCAACUAUCGUCUAAUCAAGGAAGAAUUGCUCGACAAGAUCCCCGCGCAGCUCGGCGCACCCAAAGUCAUCCCCAUUGACGAAAAGCACGUCCACGACGACGACCCAACCGAGCUAGCCGACCUCUACACUGAAGAACUCAAGCGCUCAUUCGCCGCCAAAGACAGCGUCAGACUACCCGUCUUUGACCUGAUUCUAUUGGGAGUUGGCCCCGACGGACACACCUGCAGUUUGUUCCCCGGUCACCCCCAACUCCGCGAAGAAGAUGCCUGGGUUGUCGGCGUGAGCGACUCGCCCAAGCCACCCCCAAAACGUAUUACGCUUACACUGCCUGUCGUCACGCACGCCGUGAGCAUCGCCUUUGUCGCUACCGGUGGUGGAAAGAAGGACAUCCUAAAGAGAAUUUUCGAUACCGAUGAGAGUCAUAGUCUGCCGAGUGGAUUGGUUAAUGUCCAGGCCGGACAUAAGGUCUCUUGGUUUUCGGAUAAUGCGGCUACGGAGGGGGUUGCGUUUCCCAAGCGGGCCAGUUUGUAG